AUGAAGAUCCUGUUUGCCCUGGUCUUCUUUGUUUCUAUUUCAGUCGGUAAGUUAUGAUAACACUGUAACUUAUUAUGCCAAGAACAUUUUUGUUUUUGUCCAACAAGGAGGCUUUUUGGGUGUAAGUUUGCCAUGUGCAGUUCCGUCAAGAUGUUGCAGGUAGAAAAAGUGGAACUCGUUUAUCGUCUUCCACUAUACGUUUACUCCAGGCCGAUUUUCUAUAUGUUAUUUUUUUCUUGAACUUGUUUCUCUUUCUCCCAGCGCAAUGCAACCGCCGCUCCCACCACUCGUUUGAUUUGUAUGUUCUUGCUGGCACUGCCGCAUGAAUCGAUCCACAUACGAUCGCGUUCGCAGGCUAUACAAUCCACAACACAUAUUUUAUCGUUACCGAUAGUUGAUAAGUUGAAACGACACAAAGCAAAUUCAGUUUUAAGAUUUAAGGUUAGAAAAGCUGUCAGGUCGUGCGUUUGUGCCAAAGCAUUAGAAAGAUAGAAUGCUACAUCCUUGUUACCGAAUAGCGUCAUCAGGUAUUCCUUUCUUUAAAACAUUUUCUACGCAAAAAAUUACCCUCGUUUGAAAACAUAUAAACAUCUUUCACCAUCAACGAACACUUUCAUUUAGUUUCGAACUCAAUAAGCGAUACUCGACAAAAACGAGGUUUUAAUGACGAGGUUUGGAUUAUUUUCUCACUCUAACUUUGUGAUAUGCUGUUUGCAGUCCACCAUUUUCGCUUUCCAGCGCUAAUAAUAUCGGCCCGCGCUCCAUCUUGGUUUCACAUGAACAUUGAAGCAAGUUGGCUGAGCACUUGAUAGUCUUGUUAAUGAGUGCCCAGUGCGAUCAGUCGCGACAGUCUUACAGGAAAUUGAGGGAAUGUUAACAGUCUAAUUCUAGAAGAUCCUAUUCUGGUUCUAAAAAAAAACGUUAGAAAGGGGAAUUAAAAAAACAUUCAGAUAUCCGAAUAGGUGAAAUAAGGCCGUCUACCUGAUGGUUACGCUGAAAAAACGUGAGAACGUUACAAAACUUUAAAACUGUUUAUCAGAGUCGCUAGCAGGUCGCUGAGUGUCCUAGGCAACCUCCGCAUUAUCCAAGUAUUCAUCGAUGUUAAAACUUUGACGGUGAAAAAAUUAACUGGUACGAAAUUUCCAAAUGGAAAAUGCAAAUACCAUGUGUUGGACAGAAAAGGAUGCAUAUUUAAUAAGAAAAAAAACGUCCUUGCGCUGGCACGGAAAGCUGUUGUUCCUGGUCUGCUCGAACACAUGUCGGUUCUCCAACGUUGCAUAUACGGGAUAACUUCUAUGAUUUGUACUUUCACCAGCGCCUUUGUAAAUGUUGCCUACGUUUACUUUUAUUGUUGAUUUUUCCUUCUCUGUGCAGUUUGUAGCUUGAUGUCAUGAGGUGUGGCACAAGAGAGCUUAACGGAAUCGGUUCCGCACGAAAGAAUACUCAGUUCUUCUGUUUGUUGUGAUGUAAACUCCGUUCGGAAAGUCGGUGCAAGCGCUUUACAAAGCUGACGAGUUUCAUUGACCACCCAAAUGAAAACUCUUUUAGAGCUCUUUUAGAGCUCUUUUAGAGCUUGGAGCGCUUGUAAAAACGUUCGAGAUUUGACUGGAUGAAAUUAUUUGGACCCUAUAAAAAGGGAAAAGAACACACUGGGAAAAAAAUAAAAACGAGCCUCGCGUAACCUGAUUUUAAAUUUACGCCGUGGUUGGAAAAAUAGACCUUUUUACCGAUACGGCGAGAAGAGCACGAUCCGUUAUACUCGCCGAGAAAUCUAGAAGAAGAAGAAGCUUUAUUUGUUUACAUUAACAAUAAAUAAAUUACAAAUACAGACUACCUGCAAAAUAGCAGAGCUAAUCGGGGCAGGUAGUAUGGAGACGUGCCUAUUACCUUAUACAAUCUUAUUCUAAUAACAUAACGAUAUACAAUAAUUACGAAAAUUACAGAGAUUAAUUACAUUAAUGAAUGCAAACUAUAUUAUUCUAAUAACAUAAAGAUACAAGAUAUAUAAUAAUUACGAAAGUACAGACGAGAUUAAUUACAAUCAUUUUAUAAUGAAUUCAAAAUACAAUAAUUACAAGCAGCUUCAGGAGGGAUAGAAAACUUGUUGAUAUAAAUCCGGGGGAGGGGGUACUUUCGGAAUUCCUGGGUGGGGAUGUGCCGCUGGGACCCUGGAACCCUUGACCUAUACCAGAGCUAGUUCAGCUGAAUUUUGAUACCCUAUACUAGAGUAGACUUCCCAAAUCCCCGCUAUCCUAGAGUAGCUGUUUUCCAGAAACUACUGAGGUCACUAGCACAGUUUACCCAAAACAACACCUUAUACCACAGUCCCUAGUCUAGAUAAAAUGUUCAGCCAACUGAUCAGUUUCCUGAAAAAUGAUACCCUAUUCUAGACCCAAACGCCUGAUUUAUAUACCCUAUCCUAGAGUAAACUGCUUGAAAACCAUACCCUUCACAGCGGCACAUACCUAUAUAGCCCAUAUAUAUCAGUACCCUCCCUCCCCGGAUGUAGAUUUAGAUGUAGAGGCCAACGAAGCCUCAAGCACAUAAAUAGAAACAAGAAAAGUUUAAAUUCUUUUCAUUUCAUUUAUUAACGUAUCUAUAUCAAGAGAAGAAUCCUGUUUUAAGAAGAUUUGAAAUACGGAUUCAGUUAUUUUUUUUCUUGAAUCUAUAUAUGGUCUUUCACUUUAUAUUUCUCGGGAAAAGGGCGAUUAUCACUGUACAACGAUCUUUUUCCCAUUACAAUCUUAUUCUAGAAAGACCUUAAGAAAAAAUGCUCCGAAAGGCGCGCGUUAAUUCUAAGCGAAUAUAUCGGAAUGUGCUCAUGCCCUCUGGGCAUUCCAUAAUACUCCAUAAAUUUGAAAAGGUCUAUUGCUUGUUUUGGUUUAUGAAUCAAAACAGAGGGGAAAAUGCUUUGAACUGCAAAGUGAAAUUUUAAAAGCGCUUCCUUAGGUUUAUAGUUACAUUGAGUAGUUAUUAUGCAACGUUUGACCAACAAAUUGUUUUUUUUUUUCUCUUUGACUCAAUGCAUCAGUUUUUGCGCUGAAAUGGUUUUAUUAUCCCACAGACGUCCAAAAAGAAAUCAUUGUAAAUACCAGUAAAUUCAAUUGAGAAUCAUGUCUCACUAUACACAUUUACUAGUAUUGCCCAGGUAUUGUCAAUAAUUUUAAAGAAGAUUUUUUUCUGUUGCAGAUCAGCACCGUACCCUGUAUCGCAUUUUUAUCAGUAUUAAAAAAAUGUUUAUUGGUAAACUUAAUUCUGCUUUUUGUUAGACUGGAUUAGCACUGACUCGGCGAUGUUCUCCUGUUUCACAGGGUAUGGUCUCAAGUGCUACAAGUGUACGACAUUGAAGGAUUGGGAUGACUGUGAAACGAACAAGGUAGAGACAACUUGUGCUUCCGGUUACGACAGCUGUGGCAAAAUAUUUCUAGAUGGAGAAGUGGCAGGCGUAUCCUUCAAAACUUAUUACAAGGAUUGUAGUGUCAAAGCGGGCUGUAACAAUAACCUGUGUAAGCAAGUGGGACAAGCAGGAGCAACAAUCAACGACUGUGACGUCAACUGUUGCGAUGAUGGUGACCUGUGCAAUGGAGCCAAAGUACCAUUGGUCAGCGCCAUUUUGCUAUUGGCAUGCGCUUUUUUAGCUUUUUUCCGUUAAGAAAUCCCGAGAGUGAACCAGCUUGAGUUUUGAUAGUGUCCUGUAUUAGCGUGAGAAGUGGUUUUCAAGUUAUAGUUCAUUUGUAUCAUAUCUCUGAGGUCUUGUUUGCGCAAGGUGAUGGGUAACAAGAGAAACACGUCGUUUUCAAGUUUUUCUAGUUUAGUACGAGUAGUAGAUUUUCAGCUACACUUUGAAGUUUGUAAGACAAGUAUUUUUGUCUACGUUUUCCUCAUUAAAGUUUGCUUUUAAAGAGCUUUCUUGUAAUUUUAACUGACUUGAAACAGGUUUCUCCUCUAGACAUUCUACUCGCGUGCUAAAAGGCCCAAUGCAAAUUACACCCCUGCAGAUAAACAUAGCCGGCAUAAGUCUUCAAACGAACCAGCCGGCGCUGACCAAAUUUAGAAGAUGCGAGCAAUAUACCAUCAAUUCGAUGGUAUAUUUGAUUGGACUAGACCAGGUUGAUCCAGUUGAUCGAAGGUGCAUUGGUUUGGAAACGAGGCUGCAGGGGGAGUAGGCCAUCGAUCAACGUCGUACUGUUUAUCAAGAGUGAACUAAAAAAUGGCCUUCACGGCUAUUGGAAGAUGAAAUAGCUGAAUUUCUGACUAAGGGACUGUGCAAUAAUUAUUAGGAGGGGGGGCUGAAAAACUAGAGCUAUCUAACAAAAACUUAGACAGUAACCCCUCCCCCUCCAAAACAAAAAAAAAUUAGUUCUAACCCCCCUCUGUUAUGUUAAAAAUAACGUCGCACCCCCCCUCCUACCACCCAGAUUUAGACAAAGCAUUUGCUAAGUACCGGGGUGCUUACCACAUUGGCUCAAAAUCUAAAACUUCUGAAGCCAGAAAGAGAAAGGAGCUGAGAAAAAAAUCAAAGAACAGGAGAUGCUCCUGACGCUUCAAAUAACAGACGAAAAAGAGCUUGCAUUAUAUUUAGAUCCUUGGAAGGAGAGCCUGUUGAACUUUGUUAUGAGCCAGAUAUAUAUGGAAUUCAGCAAAUCGAUUCAGUCGAUGAAGAAACAUUACUUUUAUUCACAUCAAAAACCGACAAAGCUUGUCUACGAGAUCUGUUUGAUUUUGUGCCGCUGGGACCCUGGAACCCUUGACCUAUACCAGAGCUAGUUCAGCUGAAUUUUGAUACCCUAUACUAGAGUAGACUUCCCAAAUCCCCGCUAUCCUAGAGUAGCUGUUUUCCAGAAACUACUGAGGUCACUAGCACAGUUUACCCAAAACAACACCUUAUACCACAGUCCCUAGUCUAGAUAAAAUGUUCAGCCAACUGAUCAGUUUCCUGAAAAAUGAUACCCUAUUCUAGACCCAAACGCCUGAUUUAUAUACCCUAUCCUAGAGUAAACUGCUUGAAAACCAUACCCUUCACAGCGGCACAUACCUAUAUAGCCCAUAUAUAUCAGUACCCUCCCUCCCCGGAUGUAGAUUUAGAUGUAGAGGCCAACGAAGCCUCAAGCACAUAAAUAGAAACAAGAAAAGUUUAAAUUCUUUUCAUUUCAUUUAUUAACGUAUCUAUAUCAAGAGAAGAAUCCUGUUUUAAGAAGAUUUGAAAUACGGAUUCAGUUAUUUUUUUUCUUGAAUCUAUAUAUGGUCUUUCACUUUAUAUUUCUCGGGAAAAGGGCGAUUAUCACUGUACAACGAUCUUUUUUCCAUUACAAUCUUAUUCUAGAACUGCAAAGUGAAAUUUUAAAAGCGCUUCCUUAGGUUUAUAGUUACAUUGAGUAGUUAUUAUGCAACGUUUGACCAACAAAUUGUUUUUUUUUUCUCUUUGACUCAAUGCAUCAGUUUUUGCGCUGAAAUGGUUUUAUUAUCCCACAGACGUCCAAAAAGAAAUCAUUGUAAAUACCAGUAAAUUUAAUUGAGAAUCAUGUCUCACUAUACACAUUUACUAGUAUUGUCCAGGUAUUGUCAAUAAUUUUAAAGAAGAUUUUUUUCUGUUGCAGAUCAGCACCGUACCCUGUAUCGCAUUUUUAUCAGUAUUAAAAAAUGUUUAUUGGUAAACUUAAUUCUGCUUUUUGUUAGACCGGAUUAGCACUGACUCGGCGAUGUUGUCCUGUUUCACAGGGUAUGGUCUCAAGUGCUACAAGUGUACGACAUUGAAGGAUUGGGAUGACUGUGAAACGAACAAGGUAGAGACAACUUGUGCUUCCGGUUACGACAGCUGUGGCAAAAUAUUUCUAGAUGGAGAAGUGGCAGGCGUAUCCUUCAAAACUUAUUACAAGGAUUGUAGUGUCAAAGCGGGCUGUAACAAUAACCUGUGUAAGCAAGUGGGACAAGCAGGAGCAACAAUCAACGACUGUGACGUCAACUGUUGCGAUGAUGGUGACCUGUGCAAUGGAGCCAAAGUACCAUUGGUCAGCGCCAUUUUGCUAUUGGCAUGCGCUUUUUUAGCUUUUUUCCGUUAA